AUGCGUUUACAUGGUGGAUUUAUUGAUAAACCAACAUCCUCAUCAUCACCUUUAAUUGAAAAUACAGAAAAAAAGAAACGUUUAUCAACAGCAGUGAAACGAAAACGUAUUAAUUCUCUAUCAACACCAAUAAAAAUAAAAAAAGAAGAACAAGAUAUAUCAAUGAUUUCAACAACAAAUAAUAUUUAUCAAUCACAAUCAUCAUUUACAAAUUUAUCAUCAGGUUCAAAUAUUAUUUCAAAACAUUUAUAUAAUACAACAUUAUUAUCACCUGCACGUCCAUCAUCAUCAUCACCUAAUAAUACAAUUUCAACAACGCCAUUUUCUCAAUAUACAAUGAAAAAUCCCUUAAAUCUACAAUCAUCACCAAAACAAAAUCGAAUACCAACUCCAUUAUCUACACAUGUUAUUCAUCCACCUCGAAUAAAUAUUCAAAAUGUAAUGAUACCACAUGAUCCAAUGGUAAAUCCACAAAUAUAUCUGAAUACAUCAUCACCAUUACAAAUGUAUGAUGAAAAAAUUAAAGAACCAUUAUCAUCUGAGAAUUAUUCUCAACGUCUACAGGCAAAUGGAAUAUCUUUACAUCAUUCAUAUGUUGGAUCAUCACCAUAUCAAUCUCCAUCACAUAUUCCACAAUAUCCAAUACAUUCAUCAUCACCAAUUCCAACAAAUUCAAUACCAUCAAAUCUAUUAUAUCGUUUUCUUCCAAAUGUUGAACGAUUCAAACCAGAUUUUUGUCUUCCACAACAAAUAUCUUCACCAUUAAAUGAAUCAAUUCGUUAUACACAAUCACCACAUUUUGGUCAUUUACCUACACUAAAUCCAACUUCAUUAAUAAUAAAUACACCAAUAACAUCACCAUAUUCAAAUCCACCUACUAGUCAUUAUUCACCAUUAUCUCCAAGCCAAAAGUGCAAUAAAGAUAAUAAUAAAAUACAAGAUAAUAACAAACAACAACAAAUUAAUAUUGAAAAUCAAACAUCACCAAUAGCAGUACUUGAAAUUGUUCCUGAUAUUGAUAGUCCAAUAAAAACAAAAACACCAUCAUCAUCACCAUCAUCAACAAUAUCAAGUAAUACACAUUUUAAUUAUGACAAUGUUCAACAAGUAGAAAAAUCUGAAUCUACUCAAAAUCCACUUCCAUCAACACCAUAUACACCACCACCAAUGCUUAGUCCAUUUCGAAAAGGUCCUAGUCUUUAUUAUCGUGUUUUUUCUCAACUAGGAACAUCAACAGAACCAUCAUUAAUACUAACAACACUAUUUCCAUCAUAUACACCUAUUGGUGAAGAAUCAGCAGGUCCUAAAAUUAAUAUUGUAAUUGCUGAUGAAUUAUUAUUUUCACCAACAGAAUUAUUAUAUCUUGAUGAAAAAUCUCUUGAAAAAUUUGAACAAUUAAAUCGAAUGAAUCCAUUUUUAUUUUCAUCAUCUGCUUUACUUGAUGGUACAAUUAAUGAUAUAAAACAAUGUCGACCAUUACAUAAUUAUCAUUUUCUUGAUUGUAAUAAAUGGACAAAAGAAGAAAUUAAUGCUUUUACAAAAGCUGUACAAACAUCAGAAAAUAAUUUUGAACUUGUUAGUCGAGCGGUUGGAACAAAAAAUGUAAAACAAUGUAUUGAAUUUUAUUAUAUACCAAAAGUUAAUAUAACUACUCGAAAAAUAAUAUCAACAAGAACACGUUCCGUAAUGAUGGUAUUCGUCAGUUAG